AGCCCCACCUGCGUGCGCUAGAACCGGCGGAGCGUCGAGCGGUGGCCGCGGCCCAUGCUGCCCGCCGACCGCCUCACGGCCAUGGAGACGUGCGGGAACUCGAGCAAGAAGCAGAAGCUGAGCAACGCUGCCGAGAGCUGGGGAAUGCAACGAGCAACCAAUGUGACGUAUCAAGCUCACCAUGUCAGUCGAAACAAGCGUGGGCAGGUUGUGGGCACAAGAGGAGGAUUCAGAGGCUGCACCGUAUGGCUGACUGGUUUAUCUGGAGCGGGCAAGACGACGGUGAGCAUGGCUUUGGAGGAGUACCUGGUGUGUCACGGUAUCCCCUGCUACACCCUAGAUGGAGACAACAUCCGCCAGGGCCUGAAUAAGAACCUGGGUUUCAGCCCAGAGGACCGUGAGGAGAACAUACGGCGCAUUGCUGAGGUGGCCCGGCUUUUCGCCGAUGCGGGGCUAGUCUGCAUUGCCAGCUUCAUCUCUCCUUAUAGCAGAGACCGCAUCAAUGCCAGGAAGAUCCACGAAGCUGCAGGGCUGCCCUUCUUUGAGGUGUUUGUGGACGCCCCACUGGAUGUCUGCGAGCAGCGGGAUGUGAAGGGGCUGUACAAAAAAGCCAGAGCAGGGGAAAUAAGAGGUUUCACAGGAAUAGACUCAGAGUAUGAGAAACCAGAGGCUCCAGAGCUGGUGCUAAAGACUGACUCCUGCAGUGUGAAUGAGUGCAUACAACAGCUUAUAGACCUGCUUCAGGAGAGGGAUAUUGUUCCCGUUGAUGCAUCUUAUGAAGUGAAGGAACUGUAUGUUCAGGAGAACAAACUGGACCUGGCCAAGGCUGAUGCAGAGACGCUGCCUGCUGUACAGAUUGGCAAGGUGGACAUGCAGUGGGUGCAGGUGCUGGCUGAAGGCUGGGCCACUCCUCUCAACGGUUUUAUGAGGGAAAGAGAGUAUUUACAGUGUCUUCACUUUGACUGUCUGCUGGAUGGUGGCGUCAUCAACCUGUCAGUUCCUGUAGUGCUGCCAGUCUCAACUGCAGAUAAGGAGCGUUUAGAUGGUGUAACGGCCAUUGCUCUCGUCUAUGAGGGCAGACGAGUUGCCAUUAUCCGCAACCCUGAGUUUUAUGAACAUCGCAAAGAAGAGCGCUGUGCUCGCCAGUGGGGCACCACCUGCAAGGACCACCCCUACAUCAAGAUGGUGAUGGAAAGUGGAGACUGGCUAGUUGGCGGAGACGUGCAGGUUCUGGACAGGAUCUACUGGAAAGAUGGACUCGACCAGUACCGACUGACACCCACUGAGCUCAAACAGAAGUUCAAAGAAAUGAAUGCAGAUGCCGUAUUCGCCUUUCAGCUUCGCAACCCCGUUCACAACGGCCACGCUCUCCUGAUGCAGGACACCCACAAGCGUCUCAUCGAGCGAGGCUACCGCCGGCCCGUUCUGCUGCUCCACCCACUGGGAGGCUGGACCAAGGACGAUGACGUGCCUCUGCCUUGGAGAAUGAAGCAGCACGCCGCAGUUCUUGACGAGGGCAUAUUGAAUCCAGACUCAACUAUUGUUGCCAUUUUCCCCUCACCCAUGAUGUAUGCAGGGCCAACUGAGGUUCAGUGGCAUUGCAGAGCUCGAAUGGUUGCUGGUGCCAACUUCUACAUUGUGGGUCGUGACCCUGCAGGCAUGCCUCACCCUGACACGGGAAAGGACCUGUACGAACCCACUCACGGUGCUAAGGUCCUCACCAUGGCUCCAGGCCUCAUCACUCUGGAAAUUGUGCCUUUCAAGGUUGCUGCUUACAACAAGGUCAAAAGAGCAAUGGACUUUUAUGACCCCAAAAACCACCAAGACUAUGAUUUUAUCUCUGGCACACGGAUGCGUAAAAUGGCUCGUGAAGGAACAAAUCCUCCUGAUGGCUUCAUGGCACCGAAGGCCUGGGAUGUGCUAAAGGAAUACUACAAGUCCCUGGAAAAGGCCUAAAGGUCAAACAAAGGAGGAGACGGGUUCUAAUGUUUGACAAAAGCGCUGCCUUUUGAAGUUGGAAGGAAUGGCAAAAAAAAUCCAACAACCAAGGUCUUUGUGCCCACAAUCACAGAAAGACAUCUUAUUGAACCACAUGUUACACUGAAACGGUCCAGUUGUUGAAGAAUUUUGUUUUUAUUGGUAUAUACAGACUGCUUCUUUCUUCUACGUAACUUUUAGUCUAUUUAUUUGUCGUAACAUUAAGAUUUUUUUUUGUUUUCUUUUUAGUAGUUAGAAUGUAUUUUUGCUGCUCUAACAUUUUCUCACAACAUUCUUUAUAUUUUGUUUUCAUCAUCUGUAUUUCUUUUUCCUCAUAGUUUGCUAAUAUUUUCCAUAUGGUAUUGUAUUUCAAGAGUGUGUAUAAUCAGAUGUUUGAUGGUUACCAUCAAGGGAUCAGAUUUGUUAUCUUCCUUGUCCAGUAAACCAUUUUUAGCAAAAAGAACAAA